AUGCCUGCCACCUCAGAAAUACACACGGCUGGACCAUGCACUGUUGAUGAACCGGAAAAAUCCCAAAGACAAACAGCAAAGAGCUCUCUCUCACAGUUCUGUGAUGAGCGCGGUUAUCUCAAUCAAAUUGAAUACAUUUUGCAGCACGGAGUACGAAAAGGCGACCGGACCGGAACCGGGGUGAUUUCUGUAUUUGGGUCACAAGCGAGAUACAACCUCCGAGACCAGUUUCCCUUGCUUACGACGAAAAGGGUUUUCUGGAAAGGCAUCUUGGAGGAGCUCUUGUGGUUUAUUAAAGGCUCGACUAACGCUAAGGAACUGUCAGAGAAAGGAGUGAAGAUUUGGGACGCCAACGGCUCGCGGGAAUUCUUGGAUAAGAACGGUCUCACGGAGCGCGAGGAAGGCGACUUGGGUCCCGUUUAUGGUUUUCAAUGGAGACACUUUGGCGCCGAAUACAAAGACAUGCACACAGAUUAUACAGGACAAGGUGUGGACCAGCUGCAGAAAGUCAUCGAUACGAUCAAGUCCAAUCCAGAGGACAGGAGGAUUAUUAUGUGUGCCUGGAAUCCUAAAGACCUACCCCUGAUGGCAUUGCCCCCAUGCCAUGCCCUUUGUCAGUUUUACGUAUCCGAUGGCGAGUUGUCAUGCCAACUGUAUCAGCGUUCGGGUGACAUGGGGCUGGGAGUGCCCUUCAACAUCGCCAGCUACUCCCUGCUCACCUACAUGAUCGCCCACGUCACCAGACUCAAGCCUGGUGACUUCGUGCACACUCUGGGCGAUGCCCAUGUUUACACCAAUCACGUUGAGCCUCUGAAAGAGCAGCUCCAGAGAGAGCCAAGGCCUUUCCCUAAGCUGAAGAUCCGUAGGACAGUGGAAAGGAUCGACGACUUCCGUGCAGAUGAUUUUGAGAUCUGUGAUUAUAAUCCAUAUCCCACAAUCAAAAUGCAGAUGGCUGUGUAG